AUGUUCAAAGUUAUAAUAUAUUUAUCAAUUGUAGCUACAUUAUUUUUAGCUACAAAUGGUUUUCUAUGGCAUAGUGGAGCAAAAUGUCAAAUAGCAGCAUUCAAAGGUGGUAAAGAUUUUAGUGGUGAUAAAAUAAUGGCAAAUAAAUCAUUUGUACCUUAUUUAAAAUCAAUUGCUGCUGUAGCUAAAGGAUGUAAAGUACGUGUUCAUGUUGUUGAUUCCUAUAAACAAUUAAAAACACCUACUGAAUAUGUACUUUCAUCACAAAUGCCAUUAGCACUUGGAUGUGGUAUUCAUUUUGAUUUACAAGAUCCAAAAGGUUCAACAGUAUGUAAUAAAUUAUGUAUGACAACACGUUCAUGGAAAACACUUCCUGAAGCUGCAUGUUUUAUUGAUAAUGUUCAAAAGAAAGGUCUUACAUUUGUUGAACCGAAUCUUUUACAUGGUGGUUGUGCAUCGAAAUUAAGUACAAGUGAUCUUGAAGCACUUAAAGUAGCAACACAAAAAUUAUGUGCACCUAAAACCAAAGGUUAA